UCUUGAAUGCUAUAAAUUAUCUAUGGUGAUCCGUGAUUAAUAUCUUCCCAAAUAAUUUCCCCACUCCAGGGCGAGUAUAUAAUAAAAAUAAAAGAGAUGUUGGUGGGACUGACAUUAACUAUCAGUGCCCCCACGCUGAGAAUGGGUUCAGAUUACAGAGAAGAUUGAAGAAAGAUGAGAGGAAAAAUCCUCUCUGCGCUUUGAAUCACAAAGCAAAUUAUGAUGCGAGAGGCACUUGUUUACUUAUAACUCCAAAAUCAGCUAUUCAACUCCACUUUCCUCUUUCUGCUAUGGCCAAGCCUCACAGAGAGAGGCCACCUUCCUCUUCCUCUUCCUCUUCCUCUUCGGGACGCACCAACCUCGCCUCGUGUCUCGUCGCCACCGUCUUCUUGAUUUUCCUUCUCAUCGUCGUCCUCCUUGUUUACUUCACUGUGUUCAAGCCUCACGACCCCAAAAUCUCCAUCAGCGCCGUCCACCUUCCCUCCUUCUCCGUCUCUAACGGCUCCGUCAGUUUCACCUUCUCCCAGAACGCCUUCGUCAAGAAUCCCAACAGAGCCCUCUUCACCCACUACGAUAGCUCGCUUCAGCUUCUCUACUCCGGCAACCAGGUCGGCUUCAUGUUCAUCCCCGCCGGCCACAUCGACGCCGGCCGUACCAAACGCAUGGCCGCCACUUUCUCCGUUCAAUCUUUCCCAUUAUCCACCCCCUCCGCCGAUGGGUUCAAUGAAGUAAAGGUCGGAUCCACCAUGGAAAUCGAGUCCAGGAUGGAGAUGGCGGGUCGGGUCAAGGUUUUGUACUUAUUCAGCCAUCGCGUGGAGGCCAAGGCUGGAUGCAGAGUUGCCAUUGGCGUGAGCGAUGGCUCUGUUUUAGGUCUCCACUGCUAAUUCUUUCUCCUUCUUGUUUGAUUUGCCUUUAAUCUAAUCAAUGCAAAACUGUAGUUAUUAAUUGCUAGUCAUUGGACUUAACCGUGUCAUUUUUCUUUUUGUUUUUGCGACUUGAGCUAUGAUUGUAUACUGAGUUGGGCAUGGAAUUGUAAAAAUGGAUUUUGAUUGUCCUCUUGAAUGUUAGGUUUUGUAAUUCUGGUUCAA